AUGGCCCGGUGGCCCGCACCGCCGCCGCCUCCGCCGCCGCCUCCGCCGCUCGCCGCGCCGCCGUCGCCGCCCGGCGCCUCGGCUAAGGGACCGCCGGCGCGCAAGCUGCUCUUCAUGUGCACCCUGUCCCUGUCCGUCACCUACCUGUGCUACAGCCUCCUGGGCGGCUCGGGCUCCCUGCAGUUCCCCUUGGCGCUGCAGGAGCCGCCGGGCACCGCCGCGCAGCCCCCGCCGAGCCCGCCGCCACCCUCGCUGCCGCCUCCCGCCGCGCGCCCCGGCGCCCCCUCGCCGCCGCCGCCCGCGCCGCCGCCGCCGCGGCCGGACAACGCGAGCCGCGGGGAGCCGCCCGACACCCCCGAGCGACCCUCCGCGCCCGGCCCGGACGGCUGGGGGCUGGCGAGCGGCGGCGGCGGCGGCGCCCGGGACCCCUGGCUCCGGACCCCGCUGGUGCCCGGCGAGGCGAUGGCCGAGCCCGAGCCGGGCGCGCCGCCGGACAGGGACGCCCCGGAAUCCAGCACCGCCGCCGCCGCCGAGGAGCAGCUCGCAGGCCGGAGGGCGGCCAACGAGAGCGGCGCCGAGCGGGGCGGCCCCGCCAGCACCCCCGACUACGGGGAGAAGAAGCUGCCCCAGGCGCUGAUCAUCGGGGUCAAGAAAGGGGGGACCCGCGCGCUGCUGGAGGCCAUCCGCGUGCACCCGGACGUGCGGGCGGUGGGCGUGGAGCCGCACUUCUUCGACAGGAACUACGAGAAGGGGCUGGAGUGGUACAGAAAUGUGAUGCCCAAGACUGUAGAGGGACAGCUCACCAUGGAGAAGACUCCGAGUUACUUUGUGACCAAUGAGGCGCCCAAGCGCAUUCAUUCGAUGGCCAAAGACAUCAAAUUGAUUGUAGUGGUGAGAAACCCCGUGACCAGGGCCAUUUCUGACUACACGCAGACACUGUCCAAGAAACCCGAGAUCCCCACCUUUGAGGUGUUGGCCUUUAAAAACCGGACCCUGGGGCUGAUCGAUGCUUCCUGGAGCGCCAUCCGCAUCGGGAUUUACGCCUUGCACCUGGAGAACUGGCUCCAGUACUUUCCUCUCUCCCAGAUCUUGUUUGUCAGUGGAGAACGGCUCAUCGUGGACCCCGCUGGGGAAAUGGCCAAAGUCCAGGACUUCCUAGGCCUCAAGCGCGUGGUGACCGAGAAGCAUUUCUACUUCAACAAAACCAAGGGAUUCCCUUGCCUGAAGAAGCCAGAAGACAGCAGCGCGCCCAGGUGUUUAGGCAAAAGCAAAGGCCGGACUCACCCCCGCAUCGACCCUGACGUCAUCCACAGACUGAGAAAGUUCUACAAACCCUUCAACAGGAUGUUUUACCAAAUGACUGGGCAAGACUUUCAGUGGGAACAGGAAGAGGGGGACAAAUGAGGCUGGAGGGUCAGUGGGUAGGGAUGCUGUUUACCUGAGUCCUGUGUUCCUUCCUCCCACCCCCAGGGUCCUGUGGCCUCAGCCUGGGGGGGCAGGGUGGGGGUUCCUUCCUUGGGUCCAGUCAGGAUGGCUCCAGGACUGGAGGUUUAGGCAAAAAGAUGGAUCCAUGCUUUCCCAUAGAGGAAUCAGGCCUGGCUGGACAGCCAGCAGCCCCUGGUUGACCUGCUGUGCAAGCACCCACCGUGAAUCCUUACCUCCUAUUGGUUAGCAGAGAAUGAAGAUAAGACCAAUGUCUAUCCAGGUCAGAGGCCGAUGCCAUCAGCAUUUAUAUUUUGAGCGGCAACAGAGAACCCUAGAGCUCGUUGGGAGGGAGGGGAGUUCUUACCAGAGUCUUAGCUCUGCACCUGGCACAGGUACCUGACACAUUGGCCAAUGCUUGGGUGUCUUUCCCGAAUGCUAUUUGGGGCUGGAAGCUCCAGGACUCGGAGAAAGCACAGUUCUCCAUGGAAGACAUUUCUAACUCUCUCACCCAAGGCCUCUCUCACACAAUGACCCCCGGUUUCCUCUCCCUCCCCAACCCCCCAGGAAGGCAGAGUCAUGCCCUGACACUCCCCACCAAAAUUGAAAAGAAAUACAUGAAAAUAGCUCACACCCCGGAAGCUUUCUUCCUGAGAGCUAGGUGAGAGGGGAAGGAGGGUUCCCCGUCUUUAUGAGUGACCUGAAUUGUGGAGAACCAGGUCCCGUGGGGAUUGCGGAGUAAGUCCCACAGGGAUGGUAGAGCAGCCCCUUCAGGUUGCUCUCAGGGUUAAGCCUGGGCAGUAAGGCUGGCUGCCCUCUUAGGCCAGAGGAAAAAAUCCAAUCCAAUGGGUGGGAUGUGUCUUUUUAAAGAUUCCUUCCCCUCCUUCACCCUCACUCUCUCCGCCCCCCCCCCCCCCCCGACCAAAGCACCCAGGAUUCAAUGGCAUGUUUUGAGGAAACAUUUUUGCCCCCCUCCCUCUACCACCAAAGUUUCUAAAGAAGCACAGACCAGAGAGCUGCCAGGUCUCUUGUGUUGAGUAAUCCUAGGGGUAGAGUAGAGGGGAGAAAAUGUUUACCAUUCUCCUAUUUGUCUCCACACCUCCUCCACCCAUCCACCACUACCCCCAAGGUCACCUCAUGGCUUAUUUUGUCUACACAGAGACAGUCUCUAUUGGGGCACUAACAAGCUCUGAUCCAUUUGUCAGAUGCAGUUUAACUAGGGGGCUGGGGAGGGCAAGGGCUGUCUGUGGGAGCUCCCCCCAUAAAGGGCUGCCCAGUAAAGCAUCUCUUCCCAUUAGUUUGAAUGGAUUAAAUGCAGCAUUUGACAUAAAAGCACUCAUUCAUAAAUCUCCAAACCCAGGAAUUGUUCUAGUUUAAAAAAAAAGGGAAAUUUGUAUGAGUUGGGGAAGGGGAGUGAAAUCUGUUCAGCUGUUUAAUUAAACUGUCAUUUCUCCCGCCCAAUGAAAAUCGUGUUGUUAUAAAGCUUCAUGCAACCUGA